AGGCGGGUCGGGUGCAUGUGUGGAACGCGCGAGGCAUCAUUUCCAAUUGCUGCCCCCUGGAUUAAAUUGUGCAACAAUAUGAUUAUUCUAGAGGCUGAGAGGAAUUAUUCUUUACAGGUUGUAGGUAAUGAUUCGAUAAGCCGUCUGAAGUACACAUCAAAUUUGCAAGAGCUUCGGUAUGCAGAUGUCAUAAUUGAAGCCAUUGUGGAGUCUGAAGAUGUAAAGAAGAAAUUGUUUAUAGAACUUGACAAGAUCUCCAAAGCUUCUGCAAUUCUGGCAUCUAAUACAAGUUCAAUCUCAAUAACACGCCUUGCUUCUGCAACUAGCCGCCCAUCCCAGGUGAUAGGCAUGCAUUUUAUGAACCCUCCUCCUAUAAUGAAAUUGGUUGAGAUUGUAAGAGGAGCAGAUACAUCUGAUGAGAUCUUUGUGACGAUAAAAUCCUUGGCGGAAAGGCUAGGGAAGACUGUUAUAUGCUCCCAAGACUACCCAGGCUUCAUCGUCAAUCGUAUCCUGAUGCCAAUGAUUAAUGAAGCAUUUUACACUUUGUACACCGGCGUGACGACAAAGGAGGACAUAGACACGGGAAUGAAACUGGGCACAAACCACCCGAUGGGCCCGCUGGAGCUCGCAGACUUCAUCGGGCUCGACGUCUGCCUCUCCAUACUCAGAGUUCUUCACGAGGGACUCGGCGAUAGCAAAUACAGCCCCUGCCCGCUCCUCGUUCAGUAUGUCGAUGCCGGUCGACUGGGAAGAAAGCGGGGGAUCGGCGUGUAUACUUAUCAGAAAGAAUCUGCGGCAGCAGCAGUUAAAUCACCAUCCUCACUUUGACAUGUUUGCUCAUAACAUUUCGCCUUAUCACGAUAAGAAAGAAAAAGGGAAGAGGCUGAAAGAAAGAAAAGCUAGCACUUGGUUGUAUAUGUAGGAAGAACAAAAUAAUAUGAUGGAGCAUGAGGCAGGUAAGUUAUGCAUCUUUAGGUCUGGUCUCUUGCCCAGAAGAAGACAAUAGAGAGAUGUUUGAGUUAUAUGCAAUCAGAUACUUAUUUGUAGUCAAUAAAAGGCAUUUGGUAGCAUUUUCUUUUCGUCGA